CCCCACGACGUCGCUUCCGGUCUGCUUGCGCUGGGGCCGUCGCGCGCCCGACCGACGCCGGAGCCCCCGGGGCCGGCCCGCAGCGGGCACCCAGCAUGAGCGAAGGACCGAUGAGCAAGGCAGCCACCAUGGAGAUCCCCAUCCACGGCAACGGAGACUCCAGGCGCUUGGCCGAUGACGACGGCUUGGAGCAGGACCUGCAGCAAGUGAUGGUGUCGGGGCCCAACUUGAACGAGACCAGCAUUGUCUCUGGAGGUUACGGGGGAACAGCCGAGGGCAUCGUCCCCACCAGUAUCAUCAAAGGCUCCCUCGUUCCAUCUCACCCUCCCCGAGGACCACUCAUCUCCCCCAGCCCUUCGGCUGCCAGCCGCAUAGCCAGCCAGGCUCCCGUGGCCACAGGCUCCAACUUGCACCAGCCCCACCCCAACCCAGCCAUGACCGGGGAGGAGGCGGCGGCGGCAGCUGCUGCCACACGAGGAGUAGCCGUGGAGAAGUUCGACAUUGUCAGAAAAUGGGGCAUCAACACCUACAAAUGCACCAAGCAGCUGCUGUCGGAGCGCUUCGGGCGCGGCUCGCGGACCAUCGACCUGGAGCUGGAGACCCAGAUUGAGCUGCUGCGUGACACCAAGCGGAAGUACGAGUCCUUGCUGGGCCUGGCACGGGCCCUCACCAACCACUUCUACAGCCUCGUCCAGACACAGCAUGCCCUGGCGGACGCCUUCUCGGACCUCAGCCAGAAGUCCCCGGAGCUUCAGGAGGAGUUCGGAUACAACGCCGAGACUCAGAAGCUGCUCUGCAAGAACGGGGAGACCCUGCUGGGAGCCGUCAACUUCUUUGUCUCCAGCAUCAACACCCUGGUCAACAAAACCAUGGAGGACACCCUCAUGACCGUCAAGCAGUACGAGACGGCCAGGCUGGAGUACGACGCUUACCGCACAGACCUGGAGGAGCUCAGCCUGGGGCCACGGGAUGCCAACACGCUCUGCCGCUUGGAUGCUGCCCAGGCCAACUUCCAGGCCCACCGCGCCAAGUACGAGAAGCUGCGGGCAGACGUGGCCGUCAAGCUGAAGUUCCUGGAAGAGAACAAGGUGAAGGUGAUGCACAAGCAGCUUCUGCUCUUCCACAAUGCCAUCUCGGCCUACUUCGCUGGCAACCAGCAGCAGCUGGAGCAGACCUUGAAACAGUUCAACAUCAAGCUGAAGAGCCCCGGGGCCGACAAGCCCUCCUGGCUGGAGGAGCAGUGAGCAGGGGGGGUCGUCGCCCCCCCUCCCGCCACGCUCCUCCCGCCCUUCACAGACUUGGACUCGGAGGGAGGGCCCUGCCGUGGGGCGCCCUCCCCUCUGGUGCCCUUCGGGGGCUUCCCAUUCCAGGGGGGGGGGAGCGGGGAGAGCUGGAGCAGCCGAGCCGCCCCGUCCCUCCCUCCGCAAUGCCCGGAGGCAGCAAGCACUUUCUUACUCUGAGGGUGGGGAGAAGGGCGCCCCCGUCGGUCCCCAAUCAAGGGUCUCUGCUGAGGGCCAGGCCCGACCCGAUCUUGGGCCUCCUCCCCCCCUCGGCCUGUUCUCCCUGAGGAACGUUCUCUCCAUCCUGCCCCACGGGACCUUCAAGGAAGGCAGCUAUGGGUCGGCUGGGUUGGACGUGCCGGGGCUGCUCUGGAGGUGCCCAAGAUGUGAGAUUGGCCCCCUAUUUGGGGGGCCAGGGACCAAACACUUCCUGGCUCCGGCCCCUGGGGAGGGUGUGCGUGCGUGCGUGUGUGUGAUGUGUGCGUUCAUCAUGGCCAGUGUCCCAUAUUGUGUUCCCUAUGGGGGCUGCGGGCGGCAAACUCCGGCCUUCCACCCAGCCGGCCCCGACCAACACUCCAGCCCCCACCACCUCUGUAAAGAUUCCCCAAUAAAUGGUACCAAAUGGC